AUGUUAUUUUGCUGGUGUUUACCACCAAAAGAUGACGAUAAGGAAGAUAUAAUGAAGGAUGUUAUUGUUAAGAAUGAAGCCAUUGGUAGUCACAACUUGACUCAACUUCUGGCCAGUUCUGAAAUAUACGAUUCAUCUCUGAACCAAUGGACAGCAACUGGAAGAAUAGUGACAGUGCGCGAAUAUCAUACAGCGACUCUGCUCAAUUCGGGCAAAGUUCUUGUCGCUGCUGGUAUGUCACUUGCUGGCUAUUUGACUAGCUGUAAAGUAUAUGAUCCAUCCACGGGUCAAUGGAGUGUGCUUGCAAGCAUGACAACAGCACGCGCUAGCCAUGCUGCAAUUUUACUUGAUUCUGGCAAAAUUCUUGUUACCGGUGAUGAAGGAUGA